GCGUUUCCCGAUAGUGCCAUUGCGCAAGGGCAGCUUCGCUUACGUACAAUGUACUGGCACCUGUGAUGAAGGAGCAACUGAUCUCUAGCAUGAAACGGUGCGUUUCUGCAGCGGGAAGGCCUGUGUUCUCCAUAAUCAUUGAUGAAUCGACUGAUGUUUCGUGUACAAUGGUCUUGGCGUGUGCUGUUAUGUAUUUCGACAGUGCAGCGCAAACAAAAUUCUUGUUCACCAUUGACUUAGAGGGUGAAAGAGCAGUCGACCUUUUUGCAGCACUCAGCGAUGGACUCAAACUUAAUGGCUUUGACAUCAGUAAUAUAAUUGGAUUUGCUGCAGACACUACUAAAGUGAAGUAUGAUUCUCCUGCACAUAAUAUACUUAACCACUACGAGAUAUGUUGGCUAUCGUUUCAUUCUUGUGUGGCACGCAUACUAGAACAGUGGGAUGCGCUCAUUGCAUUCUUCCAAGAAGAAUAUGAAAUUUAA